GUUCGUGCCAUCGCUAUAUUCCAAGACCUGAGAUUGACCGAAUUGGUGAAAUCCAACACCACGACAACAUUUUGUCGCCCCGAAGUGCCUAACAGUAACGAUGUUCAGCGAGAAGACCAAGAGGAGAGCAGCAUACUGGGGAAAGAAGCUUGAAUGUCCAGUUGACGAGGAUGCGAACUAUGAAAAUACUUAUUGGUGUAACCGGGAUCUCAUUCCGAUGCCAGAGGACCGACGAGUAUGGACAUGGCAAGGCUUUGCAGGAUAUUGGAUCAUUACAGGAGCCAAUAAUUCUGCCUGGACCGCAGGUUCAACUCUCCUGGCUCUGGGACUCAGUGUUGGCCAGUCUAUGGGCGUUAUCGUGGGUUCUGCCCUGAUCAUUUCAAUAAUCGCAAUAACAGCUGGCCACAUGGGUUCGCAUAACUACCUGGGGUUCACUGUUAUGUCUCGAGCAUCAUGGGGUAUGAUCGGUGGGUUCUGGCCUGUCUUGAACCGCAUCGUGACCGCCUGUAUAUGGUUGGGUGUCCAGAUAACUUGGGGUGGGCAAGCCAUCAAGAUCGUCCUCGGUGCCGUUAUUGGACCGAAAUAUGCUUUUAUGAAGAAUACGCUGCCCCUAUCAGCCAAUAUUGAUACUUGCAGCUUGGUCAGUUUCUUUAUCUUCCUAGUUAUCUUUUGUCCGCUACUACUCAUCCCGCCAGAGAAGCUUCAAAUGCCAUUAAAGGUUGCUUUUGUCUUGAUUGUUUGCAAUAUAUUUGGCAUGUUGAUCUGGUCUGUUCGUACCGCACAUGGUCCUGGGACGCUUUUGCAUUCACCAGCUGUAGCGUCUGGUAGUACUCUGGGAUGGAAUGUUGUGUAUGGCAUCCAGGUCAUCCUUGGUCUCUGGAGCGGCGGGAUUGUGGGACAGUCAGACUGGACACGCUAUGCCAAAACUCCAAAUGCGUCAAUUUUUGGCCAAGGAGUUACUGCGCCCUUGACAAUCAUCAUCACCGCUCUCUGCGGGCUUAUCAUCACAUCCGCAUCCGCUCAGAUCUACGGGCAAUAUUUCUGGAAUCCAUUUGAGCUCCUUCUCCAUAUCCAGUCUGUAUCAAUGACACCAGCAGCAAGAGCCGGCACGUUUUUCUCCGGUAUAGCCUUUCUCGCAUCACAACUCGCACUCUGCAUCGUUCUAAAUUGUGUAUCCACGGGUAUGGAUAUGGCAGCACUUUGUCCCAGGUGGAUUAAUAUUCGGAGAGGCUGCUGUAUCCUUACCGUAAUUGCCGUCGCGGUAUGUCCGUGGAAUUUUGUCAAUAAUGCUGGCAAAUUCAUCACCGUUCUCUCAGGCUGGUCAGUCUUCUUAUCUGGGAUGACCGGCAUUUUGAUCGGUGACUACUUCCUGGUCCGCAAAACACAACUUCACAAAGGUGAUAUGUACCGCGGAAAUCGCGGUUCGGCCUAUUGGUAUACCGCUGGCUUCAAUUGGCGAGCCAUUGUUGCCUGGAUAAUGGGAGUAUGGCCAUUGUUGCCUGGAUUUGUUCGCAGAGUCCGUGGAACAAAUACGCAAAAUGGAUGGGAUCAUGUCUACGAUAUGAGCUACUUCUUUGGGUUCUUCGUAUCCCUGGCUGUCCACUGCUUGUUGCACACGAUCUUCCCGGCCAAAAAGCAAACUGGUGCUUCGCCGUUUAUGUUAGAGUUGCACCGUACAGCACCUAUCAUGAUUGGCCUUGAAGCGAAUGAUCAUGCAGACUCAAAUGAUGAGGAUAAAGUUAGCAAGGCUGGAAAGGAGACAAUUGUCCCUGUGUAA